AUGAAAAAUGGUGGGUGUUUGAAUAGUGUUCUUGAUUCUAUGGUGAUUUUGAACAAUGAACUAUGUGGGUUUGAUGUGUUGGAUUUGUGGCGUUUUCGUUCUUCUGCGUUCGGGUUUGAUUCAAUUGUUUUUUCAAUAGAUCCACAGAGCAGCACCGCACGAAACACAGAUGUUGAUUUUGAAGAAGCUCGAUUGAUCGGUGAUCAGGUUCAGUUAUCUGCAUAUCAGAAAGUUACGAUUGACGAUGUUUUAAAUCCGGAACCUGCAAAUCCAAAUCGAAAUGCAAAUACAAGUGGUGUAAAUGAGUGUUCGAAUGAUGAAAAGAUUUACACUCCUGAGGUUGAACCAUCAGCUAUACCUGUGGUUGGAAUGCAAUUUACCUCUAUCGAACAUGCAUACGUGUUUUACCAAACAUAUGCUAAGUUAGCUGGUUUUCUACUCGGAAAGGUGGUGAAAUCAUAUACUGUAAAGAAAUUUGUUGAUGGUCAUAAUCAUAAGUUUGUAUGUCCACACGAUAUUCAUAUGCUGCUAGCGUAUAGGCAAUUGUCAGAUGUCCAGGAGGAGAUGAUAUGGGAACUAGGCACUCUAAACCUUGGCCCUGUGAAAGCUUUUCAUAUAAUGAGGAAAUGUUACGACGGUUUUGAGAAUGUUGGCGCCACGGUUGAUGAUUGCAAAAACUUUAGGAAUCGAAUUAAAAGCUAUAUAGGAGAAUAUGAUGCUGACAUGGUGAUCAAUAGGUUGACCGACGAAAAACAGUAUUUAGUUGAUUUUUCGUUUGAAUAUUCUGUUGACGACGACAAACGGUUAACUGGUUUGUUCUGGGCCAAUGGGUUAUGCAAGCGUAACUUUAUGGAGUUCGGGGAUGUGAUAUCGUUCGAUGAAACUUUCAAGACAAACAAGUAUAAGAUGGUGUUUGUUCCGUUCACUGGGAUUGACAACCACUGUCGAAAUGUAAACCUUGGAGCUGGGUUGUUGGCAUCGGAGAGCAUUGACUCUUAUAAAUGGCUUCUAAAUUCAUUCGUAAAGCCAUUUGGACGACAGCCAAAGGUUGUAGUGACGGACCAAGACCCUGCGAUGAAACAGGCUAUUGAGGAGGUUUUUUCUACCAGCAGACACAGAUUGUGCAUGUGGCACAUAAUGAAAAAAGUGGCAGAUAAAGUUGGACACGAGUUGUGCAAUAAUGAUGAUUUCAAAAGGAGGAUGUGCGAUAUUGUAUGGACUGAUUCCAUUGAGCCUGAAGAAUUUGAGAGACAGUGGAAGUUGGUGAUGAUUGAGUACGGUCUCACUGAAAACAAAUGGAUUGACGAUAUGUUUUCGAUAAGAUACAUGUGGAUUCUGGAUUUUUACCGGCAUGAGCCCAUGUCUGCAAACAGAGAUAUAUGGAACUAUUACCGAGUGUCUGCCGAUGGACACCAAAUCGAGGGUCCACAGAUAAAGAUAUCGUUGAAAGACUUUAAAGCUCAUGGAGAUGGGUUGUUAGAGAGAUGGACAAAGGAUGUGGUCCCGAAUGAAUUAAACGCGACGUUCGAUGUAAAGGUGGGUGAUAAGGAUGAGCAACACAAGGCUAAACAGAUUGCUCGUGAAAUCAUCUACACAGGGGAGUAUUUGGAUCCCAGGCAUAAAGCCAAUGAGGUCGAAGACGAUGAAGAGGAAGAUGAGUUCGAAUAUUACAGUGGUGGUAGUGAUGAUGGCAGUGAAGAAGAUGAGUGGGAGGAGGUUUCAGACGAGGAAGAUUAA